CCUGUACAACGACAACUGCUAAUACUACUACUUCAGUUCCUGGUUCCACAGUUGUAGCUAGUGAGGUAGAAAAGGCGAUGUUUUUGGAAAUAAAGUUGUGUUUUAUAGUUAAAGUGGAGUAAACACGACACCAUGAGCUGGAUUCCGUUUAAGAUCGGGCAGCCGAAGAAACAGAUUGUUUCAAAGACGGUUGAAAGAGACUUCGAGCGGGAAUAUGAGAAGCUGCAGAAGUGCGAGUCGUUUACGGCGCGUGAGAGUGAGUCUGCUUGGCGUGCGCGCUGUCCGGAACGUGCCCGAGAGUCUAUCUGAUGCACGCGCCAAGGCACACAGGUUGGAAGACCAAACCAAGAAGCUGCAUAAAGACAUGAAGAAAAGCACCGAGGCUGAUAUAGCGAUGUCUAAAGCGGCCGUUAAGAUCGCUGGGGACUUGCUGAGUAACCCGCUGUGCGAGCAGGACCCAGCCUUCCUGGAGUCCAUGAGGUCUCUGGAUACAGCCAUGAAACGAAUGGAGGCAUUCAACCAAGAGAAGGUCAAUCAGAUUCAGAAGACUGUGAUUGAUCCUCUAAAAAAGUACAGCAGUGUGUUCCCCAGUCUGAACAUGGCGGUGAAGCGGAGAGAGCAGGCCUUACAGGAUUAUAAGAGGCUGCAGGCUAAAGUGGAGAAAUAUGAGGAGAAGGAGAAGACUGGACCCAUCAUGGUCAAACUCCAUCAGGCAAGGGAAGAGUUGAGGCCAAUCAGGGAGGAUUUCGAAGCCAAGAAUAAGCAACUGUUGGACGAGAUGCCCAAAUUUUACAACAGCCGCAUCGACUACUUUCAGCCGAGCUUCGAGGCACUUAUCCGGGCCCAGGUGGUGUACUUCACGGAGAUGCAUAAGAUCUUCAGCGACCUGACGGACCAAAUUGAUCAAGGUGGCCUUACGGACCAAGAGCGAGAACAGCAGAACGAGGCCAAGCUCAAUGACCUGCGUGCUCUGUCUAUUGUAGCAGAUGACUGAAGAAAAAGCAGGUCUCUCUUUGCCAGGUUUUACUCUUUAUUCGUUCCAUCCAAUUGUUUCUCGACGGUCAGGCGGCUGCGGUAUGGAAUAACGGCCGUGAACGAUGUAGUAAAGAUGUACAGGGAAUGUAACUCAACCUCCAUUCAGAAGCUUGCUAUUCAUCAGUCUCUCUUUGUGAUCUGGGUUAUGGUUCGAUUUCCAGUUUGUUUCAUGCUAAGACGAGAGGAAGGCUUCCUCAGGCGGAUACACUACACUAUAGAGCUAAACGUCUGAAAAGUGAAGGAUCUCAGUGGUGGGUAGAGCAUCACUUGUUCUUUAUGUGUAAACGGUAUUUAAUGUAGAGAAAGGUAAUAAUUCAGUCGGGCUUCUCUUUAGGAAUCAUGGUGUGGGGGUCACACGCAUGUCGCUUUUAAACCUGCUUUUACUCUGCCGUCUCGGUCUUCGCUCCAUCUCCGCAAUUCUACAGCCCUGUCUGAGCGAAAACCAUAAACAUCUCGAAGAAAGCAAUAUCUAAGAACUUGAAGUAUUUAUUCGUUGUUGAUCGAGUAUUUAAAUGGUGUCUGAAGUGAAUUAAAUUUGAGUGUCAUGUUAAAAUCUCUUACCUGGUACUGUAGCGCCCUCUACUGACCUAAAAAAAAAUUGUGCUCGUAUUUGUGUAGUGGUUUGAGGAAAGCAUGUACUCUGGGAUGUUUGUUUGGGGUUUUUUUGGCUACGGCCAUACAGUUCUGUAUUUUGGAUGAUUUACGAUUGUAUUCAGGACCAACUGUAUGAAGAAGCCACAGCUAUUUUCUGUCCUAAUGUUACUUUACGUCUUUGUUAAACGCCAAAAAGUUUCAAUCAAGGUGGGCUUUUUUUUUUUUUUUGACCUGGGUUAAAAUUAACAACAUGGUUCAUAAUUUCCAACCUUGGUAGACUUUUGGAUGAUCUAAGAUUCUCUUAAAAGGGAUUUUCCAUCACUUCCUGUCUGUCUACACCUACCAAGUAUUUUCUCUGGUCGGUCUGUCUGUCUACCGAUUCCAAUCUACCUAAUUAGCAUUUUUUAAGAUGUCUCUUUUUUUUCAUACUUAACCAUGAUUCGAACUUGGAGUCUUCUGGUUUUUAACCCAACACCUUAACCAAUGAAAAGAGUGAUUUAUAUUUGAGUGAUUCCACGCUUAUGGGUACUGAAAUGGGGACAUGAACUUGUUUUUAAAAAUUCACCUAAAACCAUUUCUUUUUUUAC